AUAGAUUUAUUGGGUUCAAGGCUGUCUCGAAUUUAGAGUUUAUCAAGCAUGUUUUGGAUACGAUCGGUACGAUGCACGGAGUGAAUGUGAGAAGUGAUUGGGAGAAAUGGAAUGGUUUGUAUCAUGAUAUGGCAGAGGUACAUGGCACCGCAGGGGGUUUCUUGAGCUGUAAGACUUGUCAUUCCAAUUGUUCACCAAUGUUCAAAAACCCCCUGGUUUAGAUAUGCCGAAGGAGAAAGAGAUCACUGCUCCUCAAACUGCCAAGGAGGUCCAAACUCCAGUUCACCUUCUCGAGGUUUGGCAGAUCUUUUUUGGCGAAAACAAGGGCUUUUGGGCUCAGGAUCACCCAAAUGGGAAAUGGUUAGGUGAAGUAGCUCCUGGAAUCUGCAGGGACGCGAUUGUGAUAGGGACAGUUGCCUCUAAAUCGGUCGAAUCCUGGGACAAAGUAUUGAAAAAACUUGUUGGGAUGGAGGCUUCUUCGAACCUGGAUUUCAUUGAUAAUGUCUUGGGUGAUCUGGACACGGAUGAGCAGAAGGAGAAGGGUGUCACUGUGAAACUAAAUGGGAAAUGGAACGGUUUGCGUCAGGAAAUGAUACAGCAAGGGGGAAGCGCAGGGAUACCCUUCUUUUCUUCAUUGAACCAUCCGUUUGCAUUAACGACAAUGCAAGAGUCAUCUAUCGUACACUCUCCCUCCCCAAAACCAAAUUAGAGCUCUGUUGUACCUGGAGAGUAGCACAAUUCCCAUCAAUCAAACUCAUAAUUCGGUAACGCUAUGUAACGUGAUCACAUUUCGCACUUGUUGAAAC